AUGAAAGGCGUUGAAUACUGGGAACAUCGUGCUCAGGACCAUGAUGUAUACCAAAUGACCAAAUCAGUGUUGAAACAAAGUCUAUCCCUACCAAAUUUACCAAAUGACAUUAUACAAAUCAUCUUUUCGUAUAUAACGACACCGGACUUGAAAAACUUGUCCAUAUUGAACAAGCAAUUUAGACAGCUCAUGGUUCCGUUUUUGCUCUCACGAGUUACAACACAGUGGUAUAAGUUACUUGAUGAAGGUGAAGCAAAGUCUUCCUUUUUGAAGCAAUACAAGUAUAUCAUUCAUCAACUACGAAUUGCCGAUGCUUUUCCAUAUGGUGAGUGGCAAGUUGACAUUUUCCAAGAUGCUUUGUAUCAAUUACCAAAGCUACAGCAUUUACUCAUCAACACCGUUAAUUCAUCUGGUUGGCUUCGAUACCGAUCAAAUGACACAAUCACUCAGUUGACAUUGUACACUGAUACUUCUAUCAGAGAUACUCAAUCACGAUUUGAGCAUAACAGUAAAGGCAUAGUAACGCCGAGUCCAAGUGUGCAUUCAAUCAAGAUGUUCAAUAUUGAGCAUUUGGGCAAUUUCAAAAUGAUUCAAAAAUUAAAACUUGAAGGUUACCACUUGUCUUGGGAUCCGGAUUCUAUUGUGUUUCCUGUUUUGACAUUAGAAUCGUUGUCACUAGUUGAUUGUCAUUGGGAUUACCCUUUUCAACUCAAAAAUUUCAACUACAAUAAUACAUUGACGCACUUGGGUCUUUAUUUCAAAGGCGGAUCCACUUUUUUGUACUCGGAACGAUUUCGUGAUUUUAUUUUCAAUAUUGGCCAAGACAAAGGUCUUGAGAGUAUUGCGUCGCUAGAGCUAAUUCACAACGUAAGGACAGAAUCUCAACAUCAAUGUGGACAAUUGACAGUUGAUGAAUCUUUUUUGAAGCGAGUACUAAGUGGAAAUGGCUUACCUGAGUUAAGGCUGUUGGUUCUUAAAGGAUGGAGAGUUAAUUGUAUCUUUUAUUGGCAUCGAUUGGUUGAAAUUUUGCAAAGUAAACAAGACUUAAAAAUGAUCGAGUUUGAUGUUGUUAGUAGUUUCGGAUCAGGGAUCAAUACUGGAGUGGUCAAACAAUGGUGUAAAGAAAUGUGUCCUUGGAUCAAAGUGAGACUAAGUCUUCGUGAGUUGGGAAAAGAGUAA